AUGCCGUCGGUUUACAUCCAAAGCAGGGACUUCCUGUACGGGCGAGAGGCUCUGAAUGUUCAGCUGAUUGUUCAAAGCAGGGGCGGAAAGCAGAGAGGCACUGAGCCAACAGGCACGCACCAUAGACGACUAACGAGUCCCAGCGACGAGGCGGAAGUUUAUAGGGAUAAACAUACUGCUUACAAUCCCUGGUUCGCUAACAGCACUCGUCCUUGUUGGGAGAAUUAUGUUGCCAUGCGAAAUACAGCAACUAAGGAGGCUAAAUCUAAAUAUAAUAUUCAUUUGAAUGGAGUUCUCUCAGAAGCAUCACAGCCUCAUAAGAGGUGGUCAGCCCUUAAAGCAUCUCUGUUGAGUCCUCCUUUAGUGAAACCUGAUGGUAGUGUUGCAUAUAGUCCGAUUGAGUAUCUGCUAUCAGAAUUAGAUGAAUAUGGGGGAGUAGACCCUAAUGUGCCGGUGGAGGCAACAGCGUUCCUCGGGGCGGUGGCAGCCUUCGUUGUGUUUCUCUUCGUGCUGUUUCUUUACCUGAACAAGAAACUUUGCUUCUACACUGUGGGCGGCUUUCCUUGUUGCGACGACCCGCUCACCAAGACCGAUAAGCUCAAGGAACUCGGCGCGGCUUACAACUAUGGCGAGGGCGAGAGUUCUAGUGACUCCGAGGAGGAAGUGAACAGCCGACUCUCCACCUCGAAAAGCUUCCCCUCGGCCCUGCGAGACAACUACUACCACUCCAACCACGCGCCCAACCACAAUCAUGCCACCCAUCACAACCACGCCCACCACAACCAUGCCAACCACGCUCCCGCCUACCACACCUACGGCCACCACUACGGGCACCACAACUACCACCAGCUGGGCCCCACCAGGUCCUCCCUGCAGUACUCGGCGGGGGAGGAACCUGGGCAGCAGAGCAAGACGCGGGACUCAGGCCGCGCCGACGCCUGCCCCUGCGACACGACCAGCGACCUCAUCUCUCUCGCGGAGAAGGGCCGAGCGGGCGUGGCUGGGGAGGAAGAGCAAGUAGGCGUGGGCGUGGUCGUGUCCUCUUCGUCAGCCUCGUCCUCCGGCUCGACGACCAGCGGCGACGAUGACCUCCUGACACACAGGGCGCUGAGACACCGCGACCCCCGCGCCUACCGGCAGAUGUCCCCCAACCGGUCCCCGUACGACGGCACUUACCACCAGGAAUGCCAUGAGGACGGCACGGUAGGAGAGGCGCUCCUGGUACGCUGCGGAUCUAUCGAAGCAGGAUUUGCCUACGACCUCCCCACCAAGACACUAACGGUGCACAUCCUACAAGCUAAGGAUGUGCCAAGCAAGGAGCGAGGAGGAGCUGCCAACACUCAGGUCCGGAUACUGCUCUUGCCAGGUCGUAAACAAAAGCACAAGACUCGAAUUCGACCCGGGGAAAACCCGCAAUUCAACGAAGCUUUCGUGUUCACCAAAGUUAACCCAGAGGACGUGCAGCAGCUAGGGGUUCGGCUGCGACUUUACGGAUGUGAACGAAUGCGACGCGAGAAGAUGGUCGGCGAAGUCAUUGUUCCGUUUGCCAACAUCAACCUCACUCUCGGCAACACGUUUUGGCUCACGCUCGAACCUCGGGCAAACCUCGCUCAGCGCUCCGAUAGCAGAACGGAAGUUUGCAGCCUCACGAGGAGCGACUCUACAGGCUCCACCCACUCGGUCCACAGCGGCGUCCCGGAGCUCCUGGUGGGCCUCACCUACAACGGCACGACGGGGAGGCUGGCGGUCGAGGUCAUCAAGGGGUCGCAUUUCAGGCACGGUGAUGAUUUCAGGAACAUGGCGAACACCCGAGCUCCAGACACAUACGUGAAGCUGGUGCUCAUGUCAUCCAGCGGUCAGGAGAUCGCCCACAGCAAAACGUCGGUGCGGCGGGGACAGCCUAACCCACUGUUCAAGGAGACAUUCAUGUUUCAGGUGGCGCUGUUCCAGCUACCUGACGUAACGCUCAUGGUGUCUGUGUACACGAAGAGGAGUAUGAAGAGGAAGGACAUGAUUGGCUGGUUCGCUCUGGGCCUCAACAGCUCGGGAGAAGAGGAACUAGCUCACUGGAACCAAAUGCGAGACUCGAAAGGAGAGCAAGUCUGUCGCUGGCACGUUCUUAUCGAAUCCUAAGACGCUCUCUCUCGAUAGAGAUUCCCCUGCCUUUUAGCUUCGACUGUAUGAGGAGGGAGCUUCCUCCUUGAAGGCGUCAUCAUUUGACUUGGAUACGCCAGGAGGUUUUCACUGAAAUAUGCUGAAGAGUUUUUGAGUCUACCUUUCUCUAGGCCGUGCAAAAGGGGCGCUAAAUUGUUUAAUGCACUAUUCACCUCCCUCCCUCUGCGGAGGGAAGGCCUACUUUGGUUUCGGCCGUACCUUGAGUCUUUCCCUUGUUCUUUGUCACAUUUUGGGUCUCAGGUUCUCCCUGACUCUUGGCCUCUUGAGUCUGGGUUCACAUUCGACCAUACAUCCCUUUGCUGGGGUCGCCGACCUUGCAAAUGGAAUGUGUUAACGCAUCAUCUCCAGAGUUAAACAUAGCAUUGCAAUCUGCCUCACAAUGUCAUUAGCUUGUAUUUAUUUGGUUACUGUUUCCAGCCCUUUCUUAAAGAGUAUAUAGUGGUUCAAAAGAACAAUAAAUAGAUAUCAUCUUGAGACAUGUGAUAUUUUGUCUUGAGUGUGAAAUCUUUAUAUAAAAUUAUUCGUAAUAAUGAUUAAAAAGAUACCUGGUACAUUCCCAAAACAAUGGCUUUAAUCUGUGAUUUCUCAGAGUAUAUAUAUAAUAUUUAUUGAUCAAAAAUACUGUAGACACUAUGAAGACGGAGCUGGUCUCCCACACUGUAUCGUCCCUGUACUGUACCUUGUCGUUACUCUUUAUAUUCACAAUCCCUCCCUGCUUAGCUAGAAAUACGAACUCUGACGUCACAACGAGCAUAAGAAACCGUGAUUGGCUGCUUCAAGUGGAGGCUCGUGUCCACUCACUCACGAUCGAACGCUUCUGUGCUGAUUUCAGAAACGGCAAAUAUUACUCGCAUUUCACACUAAUACAAAAUAUUGCCAAACUGCAAAUCCUCUUUGAAACCAAUGCCUUUUGGGGGAAAAUGCAUGUAGAGUCCUUAGUACAUCGUUUUCUUUUUCAUCUCCAUGGUCCUUCCUGUGGGUUAGUUUUCUUCACAUUUCUGUUUUGGAGCAGUUCACUUGGCUUGGUUCACACGUGUUAGGUUUAUGUCUUCCUGGUUAAAAGAUGUAGGUCUUUAACUUUGAGAACUAUAUUAUCAUGUUUCAAGAAUUCAUCCAGCAUGUAACUUAGAAACUUUUAUAUGUAAUGUGGAUGUUUUUGUAUAUUUAUUUGUUCAAGAACCAAAAAAAUCAGCAGCAGCAGCAACGUAUGUGUAUAACUUUUUUAAUCCAUCUCGCAGACAGAUCAGUAUAGGUGACAUAGUUUGUAAAAGUGUCUCCAUGUGUUCCAGGAGUGAAGCACAAGAACAAAAGAAAAAAGUUACUGGUUGUAGUACUCUUUAGUCUGUCAAUCAGUGUCGAAUUCGACUCUGUAAUAAAAGAAUAAAUGACUUUCGCGAGAAAAGCUGAAUUUCGACAUUAGCUAUAGAGAGGUAAAGAGUUUUGAACUAUUGUAUGCAUUGUGUUUUAACCCCCUUGAAUAUAUUACACCCUGUAAACCUCCCUGCAAGAGUCGAUAGAUGACAGAAAUCUCCCACUGCUUAAAAUCACGUAUCACUGCAUUCUUAAUGUCACACACAUAUUGUGCAACAUUUUGGCCCAUUGCGAUAUAUCUCAAGAGACUUGGCUGCACCUGUAUAACAAUAUUAUAGCACCAAAAUAAUGACAAUCAGACAUUUACAGCAACUUUUCCAAAUUUACCAAUCGGGAUAGCAGUUUUCCUGAACAUGUUUUAAACUCGUUGGUUUGAAGGAGAAAAAGAUAUAAAUAUGUAAAUAUUAGUAUACUUGGACCCCUCUGGAGGUACCUUAAGCAUAUUCUGUAAGACGAGGAAGACGCCUCAGAAAACUAAGAUCCUUAAUAAGAGUCCAACUGCGAUUUGCGUCCUUUUUUCAAAUAAAACAAAAACAUAAAAAAAAAAAAAAAA